AUUCAUCUAAUCCAUAAACUCACAUUACAUCAAACUACUUGCGUCGUGGACAUUCAUUCCACCAUCAUUUAUAGGAUUAAAUAUGAAAUGAUCCUAAAUCGUGGGACUAGUUUGCAAUUUUGCCACCAUCUAUAUAUAUCAUCUUCCCUAUGUAAGUGAAUUAAGAGAGAACAGCUUUACCUUGAGAAUGGAGAGUAGAAGCCAAGUGGCUGCCCAACUGGAGCCGUGGCUUCGGAUCGAGAACAAGGUGGUGUUGGUGACCGGCGCCUCGUCGGGGUUGGGUCGAGAGUUCUGUUUGGACUUGGCUAAAGCCGGUUGCUGCAUUGUAGCCGCGGCACGGAGAAAGGACCGGCUGCAAUCACUCUGUGAGGAGAUAAACAGUUGGGUCGACGGCUCCUCGAGCUCGAUGGGGCCGAGCCAAGACCAACCAAGAGCCGUGGCAGUGGAGCUCGACGUCACUGCGGUUGGCGCCGCUAUCGAGGCCUGUGUGCAGAAGGCUUGGGCUGCGUUUGGAAGAAUUGAUGCUUUGAUCAACAAUGCUGGUAUUAGAGGGCACACGAGAUCAUCAAUAGAGCUAUCUGAAGAGGAAUGGGAGCAAGUGUUGCAAACAAACCUGACGGGGUCAUGGUUCGUGGCAAAAUCCGUCGCUAGACGGAUGCGCGAGGCCGGCAACCGGGGAGGCUCAAUCAUCAACAUCUCAUCAGUUUCCGGCCUAAAUCGAACACAAUAUCGUGACGGCAUCGCCUACAGUUCCUCAAAAGCUGGCCUCGAUGCCAUGACUAAGAUUAUGGCACUAGAUUUGGGAGAGUUCAAGAUCAGGGUCAACUCAAUAGCACCGGGAUUGUUUAAAUCUGAGAUAACAGAAGGACUUGUUCAGAAAAAUUGGUUGAAAAAUGUGGCAAAGAGAACUGUCCCGUUAGGAACUUUUGGAACAUCGGAUCCAGGAUUGACAUCACUUGUUCGUUACUUAGUUCACGACUCUUCUAGUUAUAUUUCAGGCAACAUUUUCAUUGUCGACUCAGGCUAUAGUCUUCCAGGCGUUCCAAUUUUUUCUUCACUUUGA